GGCCGGGAGCCUGGCCGGCGCCGCGCCUCUGUGCCGAGCAGGGACACCGCCGCCGCAGCGGCGGGGCGGAGCGGGCUGAGUCACCAGCCGCCGGCCCGGGGGGAGCUGGAGCCCUCCCGAGCCGGGCUGCGGAGCCCCACGUGCCGGGGGAUUUAAAAAGUUGGGGCAGGGAGCUAGGACAUGCCCAGAAGAGCGGCUGGCAGAGCUCGGCGGACAUGGGACACCUGUGCCACCAUCAGCCCCCCGCGGCCACCCCCGAGCGGAGCCUGAGGAAGGGAGGAGACGGCGCGGCGCUGCCCGGGUCCCCGCUACUCCUCCUCUUCGUCCUUCUCGCUUCCUCGAUUUCUGCUGGCAAAGGUGCACCAAUGCCAUCCCAAGCACUUGAAUCAGAUGAGGAUCUGCAGCUGUUGAAAGAGAUAGAAGAUGCAUGUUCUGCUUACCUGUCCACAGAUUCUCAGCCUCAGGUAUCCAGUACACUGGAAGAACUUUGUUUUUUGAUCAUGGGAUUUCUCCAGAAACCACAGGGUUUAGAUGAGAAAGACAACACCAAAAGGUUCUUAUUUCAUUAUUCUAAGACUCAUGACUCGGGCAACUCAGACAUCAUGUCAUCUGUCCUGCAUCCUUUACUGCAACUCGUUCCUCAGCUUAAUGAGAGAAGACUGAAGAGAUACAAAUUGGACGAAGAACUUCAAGGACCUGGAAUGAUUCAAAGCAGAGGCUACUUCUUCUACAGGCCACGUAAUGGAAGAAGAUCAGUGGGUUUUCGCUAAGGAGGAUCAUAGAUUCCUGACUUAGAACUAAAACUGCAGGAAUGCUGAGUACAUGGACAUACUGUUUUCCUUACAAUAAUUAUUCGUUAUUAAUGUACAAUUAGAAAUCACUCAAAUGUAAAUAUACUUAAACCAGAUUCUGUUAAGAAGGUCUUUACUAUCUUGAUGAUAUUAAAAGCAUAUUGAAAUUAUUUGUUUCCUAGUGUUAUGAUGUUUACAACCACAUGUAAUUCUACUGUAAAAGAGUAAGUGCUUGCACACAACAGACAUUGCCUCUAACAACCCUGUUAAGCAAAUUUUUCCUUCUAAAUAAAGGCCCUCAGCCAGACAGUUGUUUUAAUGA